CUGGAGGAAGGGAAAAGGAGGAGAAAAAGGGACUCUCACACAUAUCCAGCUGUGGUAUUUACAAAUUACAACCAGAUAUCGUUAUCCAUGGUUCUACAGUAAGCCGUCCAGUUGCAUAAUGUAUACAUCAAGAAUGUCACAUAUUCAGUUGUUUUUCUGCUGCUUUUGGUUGGUUUUGUCCAACGUUUACGCUCAUGAAUUGUACAAUCUGGUGUCUUCGCAAGAUGUGGAAACCUUCAAGCAAUGCACCGUGCCGUGUGCAGUGCACGUCUUCACACGUCAGCCGCAAGAAAAGAAAACACUGCUGAAUAAGGACUAUCGCUUGAAAGAGUUUUUAGCCAACUUUAUGGAGGCAGGGAAGUAUCUGGAAGAUUUUGAAGUCAAGUUUGCUUCAAUUGACUGUUAUAAUGAUCCUGUUGAGGAACUUUGCUCAAAGGAAUCAGCCAAGACUACAAUCUUUGUCUACAGGUAUGGCCACAUUCUUACUGAGCUUCCUAUGGAUGCAUUGUACAAUGUGGAUUCCAUCAUUUCCAACAUGCUACAUCUAGUGCUUCUCCGUGAAGUGCCCUUUGUUCAGGAACCGAUAGAUCUGGCAGCGAUGCAACAGAAAGCAAAGAGGCAUAAAGAUAUUAUGUUUGCAAAAGUAAUAGCUGUGGGUACUCCAGAACAUCGUGCCUUUAUGGAAGGUGCCUUUGCAUACAGCCAUCUCUACCAGUUUGUUAUGACGACUAACUCUCAUCACAGCAUGCUUGGAAUAGGAACUGAUGCAGAGUGGUCAGAGGCUCAGAAUAGAGUAUGGUUCUUGAAUUGUAAAGUAGCUUCAUCUGGGGAUGUAUGUCAACGCUCAUUCUACAGAGGCAAACUUAAUGUGCCAGACUUUGCAUUGUAUCUGAAAACUCUGGACGUGCUACCCUAUUUGGAGUAUCAAGCCACAACUGAGAGUAUAUUUUACCAGAGGUUAAGUAUACCAACUGCUUACGUGUACAGCAGCAAUGCCCAGUAUGCUGAGCAUAAGGCAAUAGUGCAAGACCUCUCACAAACCUACAAGGGUAACUUGGGAUUUGUUCUCAUCAACAGUGACAUAACAACAAAGAGUGUGAUCAGUGAUGACAUCAAUCCUUGCCAGCAUCCUUGUCUGAUGCUACAGAGAGCUCCUAAGGAGAAUGUGAUUACAAUGAUUGGUGAUCUGACAGUCAAGAGUGUAUCAUCCUUCAUUGAAGACAAUAUGUACAUCCAGGUUGAGCCGUCUGAUGAACAAAGUGAGGACGAGGAGAACGAGGGGAACAAACAAAUUCCAGUGCAAGAGAUCCAGGAUGAUGAAGUACAGUUUGCUGUCAACAGAGAUACUAGAGUAUUGGAUAUGUCACAUAUCCCUAAGCUCACUGACAAGACCUUCCCUGAGCUCAUAGUCAGGUCACAGCUAGUCGUUAUCCUGUUUACUGUUCGCUGGGAUCCAAGAUGCAAAGCUUUCUUAGAAUCUUACUCGUCUGCAGCCAAGACCAUUCAAGAAGCUAAUCCCCAGCUUAGCCAACCCCUAACUCAAGUAGAAUGCUUCAGCUGGCCUGACGUCUGUCAGCUUAAUAAUGUAACUACCUACCCAGCUGUUAAGAUGUACAAGGAAGGCAAGAUGGUGGCCGAUUAUAAAGGCUCGCUUAGCAAGGAGGGAAUCCUGAAAGCUUACCACCUGUAUUCCACAUCCAACCCUGUGAUCCUGGAGACAUGUUCAGAUUGUGCUGCAUUUAGUAGCGGUCAGCAACCAGAGUGGGUUCAAUCUACACUCACUGCUGUAGUCAUGGGUUACUUCCCAGCUACAGCUACCAAAGAGAGGCGUGAAUAUGAGCAAGCCACCAAAGUGUUUCAGGGUCAACAUUUGAUGGCAGUGUGCCAGACAGAGUGUGCUGAGUUACAGUCUGGUGCCUCCAAACCUGCUGUUAAUGCAUUUAAAUGGGUAGAUUCCCAUCAGCCUAAAGUGGAGUACACAGGGGACUAUACCGCAAGAGAUCUGAUUACCUUUGUGCACAAGGCCACUCUUCCACUUGUUCCGGAGUUGACUCCCAGUACUUUCCCUCUUCACUUCAGUCAAGGCAAACCAUUCCUGAUCCUCUUCAAGGAUACUGAUGACCAGUCCAUCCAGGCAGAGUCAUCAUUAGCCACAUUAGCGCUGGAGAAAACCUUUGAAUCUAAGCUCACUAUACUAUGGAUUGAUGUAUCCCAGCCAUCCUGCGUUGGUUCAGAGAUCCUGAAAGAUUACGGCAUUCGUCGACAACUUCUUCACCCCAGCGUUGUGUUUGUUGAUCACACUACAAGCAGGGUAUGUAACUACCCUCCAGACUUCAGCUACCAAGUACCAGCUAUGACUGAUUGGUUGAAGAUAGUCAUGAAUGGAGAGACAACGUGCUCAGGUUUAAAGGAAGGCAAGUUUGAGCCCUUGGUGAGCCCUUAUGAUUUCCUAGCCUUGGUUAAUAGCAAGAAGGAGAUGGUUUCCCAUAGGUUGAGUCGACUACCCACGGAUCAAAGAAACUAUGAGAAUGGUGAAGAGCUAGAAGAUGGUGGACGUGAUCUGUAUCCACAAAACCAGAUACAUUCACAUCAACACACAGAGCUUUAAUUCUUAUCAUCUAAGUAGGAUUUGAAACUUUGCAUGGUGGAAAUAUGAUAUGGAAAGGUUUGCGGUAACACCAUUGACAAUCUCUAAAUGAGUUUGGGUGGUUCUGAAAAGAAAGGCUGGUUUCAACUUGACGUUUCGGUCAGUAGCAUACUGAUCAAAGCGUCGAGGUUGAAACCAACGGUUUACUGAUCGAAACCAACGGUUUACUGAUCGAAACCAACGGUUCUUUUCAGAACCACCCCAACUCAAUAAGGAAUAGUCAUUACAUGGUGUUACCGCAAACCUUUUCAUAUCUAAUCAUCUACAUUGUGUUGUAUUUGUCUUCAGUACAUGUUUUGCAUCUCAGUUUAGUAUUGGGUAGAUGUCACAAACAUUGCGUUUGUUAUUACGGCAUGUGCAAACUUGUUUACCAUUUGAAUGUAUUGUUACAUGUUGGAUGUGUAAAGUGAGUAUAUUGAGCUUUAUAAAUGUAAUGUUCUGGAGCCAUUGGGCUUUUUCUUCAGCUGCCACGUGGAAAGUUACCGCGACUGGCUUUGGUGUCAUUCUACCAUACGUUCCCACAUGGAAUUAUAUUGUGUUUUACAGCAUGGUUGCAGUAGGUUUACAGCACGGAGCUGUACCCUUUGUAUUUUUAGAGGUCCUUGGGUCGAUUUCACAAAGGGACUAGUCCUAAGAGAUAUCAAAAACGUAUAGCUAGUCCUAAGUUAGGACAAGU